AUGGGGGACAGAAAGGUCCCGAAGAUCAUCGCCAUGGAAUCAUUGCCGCAGUUUCACUGUCACCAAACCAAGCGCCAGAAGGUGCUCAAACGCUUGCUAGCCAGUAAGAGCAUAACUUUUGAAGGGAACGAGGGCCGUUACUUGAUCGGCAAGCUGCUACUUCCCCGUUACUUGAGGGUUAUGACGUUUCUGGGUCAGUUGGUGGCCUUCAUGCUUGUGGUUGUUUCCUUCCCUCGACUGAGGCCGAUGUUCGACUCUUUCCUAUCAACAGUUGAGGCCGAGUACAGGUUUGACCCUGUCAAAUUUGAGGUGUUGCCGAUGCUUUUCCGUGACCUCGCGAACGAGGGCCUACUGCGAGGAGGCGAGAAGGCCGUUUUCCUCAGCAACCAGGCCGACUACGAGGCCAUGGACGGAUCCCGCAUGAUCCUGUUCGAUGAGGUGAUGGAUCAUAUCUCCACUGCCGAUUUGGAGCGGCAGAGUUCGAUUCAAGACAACACAUUUGACUUUGCCUUCACAUACGAGUUUCACGAUGCCGCAUCUCGAUUCAUCGACCGGACUCUCAAGGUCGGUGGAAUUGCAGCGAUUCAUCUGGGAGGUGUAGACCCCAAUGAUGCCGGUUCCUUUCAUAUACCGAGGAACUACAAAAUUGUUUACAUAAGGCGAUUCGACUCGCCUGUCCUCGCAAUCAAGAAGACCAGCGAGGCGGCAAUGGAGCCCAGCCAGACGAGAAGGCAACUCUGCGGGUUGACAUCCCAGAAGAAGAAGGAAGCAUUGAAGAACCUCGAGGAUGUGCUCCUCGAACCACCUAGGGCAGCCACGGGUAGGUCGAAACGAUACCUGAAGAAGACCAGAUACCUGCCCGAUCUAAUGGGGGACACUUUGGAGGGCUACCCACGUCGGGUAUUCAUUGACGUGGGCCCACCGGAGAAGGACGGUGAGAGUACCGGCACAAAGUGGUUCAUCGAGAAUUACCCCACCAGAAACCUCGACUUUGACAUGUACAAGAUGGAGACUGUCGCAUCUGAGGGUGAAAAAUAUCCCGUAUCCUCCCUAUCAUCGAGCAUAUCAGACCAGCACGAAUCAGAGGCGCCACAGAUCGGGAUGUCGGAGUGGCUAAGGAAGAAUGUGAAGGAGGAGGAGUAUGUGGUGAUGAAGGCCGAUGCAGAGGUGGUGGAGGAAAUGAUGAGGGGCCGAGCAACGGGGCUCGUCGAUGAGCUCUUCUUGGAAUGCAAACCUAAAGGGAAGAAGAAGCCGACCGAUGCCAAUGGCAGCGGCAACAAGAGGGCUUAUUGGGAGUGCCUAGCCUUGUAUGGAAGGUUACGCGACGAGGGCGUGGCGGUGCACCAAUGGUGGGGCUAA